AAACAUAUCAGUAUGUAGGUCUGUAUUGCGAGUGUGAGCGAACACACACAAUGAAAGUAAAAGAGUCCAUGAACUAUUCUCUCUCCUCCUCUUCCUCCUCCUCCUCCUCCUCCUCCUCCCCCAGUCACGAGGACGGCUCUGUCAAGUUCUGGGACGUAACAGGAUCCAUGAGACUCAUAUAUGAACUGACCACAGCCAACCUCUUCGUGGGUCAGGACCCCGACACUACAAUGGACGAUUUUUCAGACUUUAAGUGGCCUCCUUACAAGAAGGUCAGCUCGUACGACAACUUUGAGGAUGACGGCCGGCUGGCUGUGAGAUUCAUCGAGAUGUGUCCGUACUCGCGGACGCUCUGUGUCGCUGGCGGUGGAGGGCAGGUCCUCACGUUCUCCCUGAAUCUGAUGCCGAGCGACAUCAGACUGGAGUGUGCCAAGGCAGAGAUCUUCAUGGGGCAAGAGACUUCCCAGCGAGUCACGGGGUUGCGCAAUACCGCCCCCCUCCAGAGCAAGCCGGAUCUCAUUCCUCUCCCGGCCGGGUUCCAGGCGAACUUUAACCUCCAACUGAUGCCAGCAACAAACGUCACGGCAGUGGCUUUUGAACCCAGCUGGGGCCUUGUGGCAGCUGCUAAUGGAAAGGGGUUUGCUGUGGCCAACUUUAUCCUGAAGCACAUCAUCGUAGUCCAUCCCACCGUCUCUGCCGAUGGGCUACAGAGCCGCUCCAUAGGGAGGGUCCAGUCAUUCCGUCGUUCCAUGAGGAAGUCGUUUCGCAGUCGCUCGCGAAGCACGUCCAGCAUCUCUCUCUCCACUUCUGCCCCUACCGACAUUGCCAACGACCGCAAGAAGAUUGCGCAAUCUCUCAACCGAGAAGCCGGGAUGAAGGAAAGGGGCGGAGCUAGGGGGCGGGGUGGGGGAAGGGGGCGUGUCCAGUCGGAGUUGGUCACGGCGGGAGGGAGAGGGGAGCGAAGCCAGUCUCCCCUCGGUUCCGACCAGGUCCCUGCGGAGAUGAUGGGUGUAGUCAGUCACCUCAACUUUGCCGAGACAUUCGUGUCAGGAGGGACCCCAUCCGCCAGUCUGUUUGCAUCCACAAUGGGAUCGUCUGUUAUCAGAUACUCCAUCUCCCUCCCUCACCCCGACAACCGACUGGUAAACGUGAACACCGCUACUCCAGUCGGGAAGGACUACGCCCUGUUGCAUGCGGCUCCGGUGGUGGCAGUCUUCAUUCUGGACCACUCUUGUGUCCCUGUUCCAUGUCCGUACGAGGUCCAGUCCAAAGCAGUACCGGCUCCGGACAUGCACUCUCCUCACUUUGCUCUCAUCUGCACUCAGGAGCAGCUCAAGCUGGUGAAUCUGCCGGGCAUGAAACAGAAGAAGAAGGAGAAGGUGUCGGAGUUAAUCCAGGAGAGAAUCCUCCGGGCGUGGAUCGUGAGGAUAAAGGUCCCCGCGGCCCCGAUCGGCGCCAAUAGGGACUGGAACUCCGCCGUGGCAAUCCUAACGAGCGGGGGCAACCUCAUGGCCUACUCUCUUCCCGACCUGAGGAACUGCUUCAACUACAACGAACUGGUCGUCCCAACUGACCACAAAGCCAUGCAGUCAGUGUCCCUGUCAGCCAAUGGCGAGGUCCUCUUCCUCAAGUCGGAUUCUGAACUGGAGAGAUCUCUCAUCUCCUCUUACGGCUUCUCAUACCACACUACCAUGCUGCCAAAUAUAUUCCCGUUCGAGGGUUCCACCGGCCCUGCCCAGCAACCGACUCCGCCCACUGCCCCACCCGACCCGGUCUGCGAGGUAACGGUGGAGGUGACGAUGGAGCAGGAGGCGGAGAACGAGGAGAAACGAAGCCGAAGAUCCCAGACUCCCUCCCCCGAGGAGCCACGCCCCCCUCCGCCGGUGGCCGGCCCCGGCACAUCUCCGAAGAAGAAGAAGAGAGUUCAAAGUCCAAACGUCGUUCCAGGGAGUCGAAGGAGUCAAGUGUCCCACGUCCUCAUUCUCCCCCCUCGGGUACGGCGAUCAGCGAGGGGGCGGGAGGGGGCGGAGUCAACGGAAUCCUCGCCAGCCCCGAGAGGAACGGAGGGACCGAGGUGUCCGAGGGUAGAGACAAGGCCCUCAUGGCGAGUGCCACUGCCUUCAAAGAGCUCCAGAAACAAAGGUAUAAUAAUAUACCACAAUGCACCCUCUCGUCUGUCGGCGAACACUUCAACACACAUCCCCUUCUAUACAUACAUACAUAGGUCAUGUCAUCUCUAUGCAUUAUAACCUACAGGUACAUAGAAACUAAGGCUCUAUACAAUAGUACAUAGAAACUAAGGCCUACACUGAGCAUCUUCUGCCAGGGAACCUUUUCUUUCCCCACUUCUUGCAUGCAAUUCACCCCUAUACAUGGGCACUGUCUUCACUCCCUCCCCUUGGUACUAGAAUUAGAGGUUUGCUCCAUUUCUCAGCAGACACGGCUCGACGUCAGAGGACUCCUCCAGCUCAGACGACAGCUCCAGCUCUAGUGACGACGAAGACGAUAUCCCGAUGCCAGUGGUCCCGGACACCAGCGCCAAUCCAGUUGCCUUCCAGAACCCGUACGCCGUGGAGCUCAUGGGGGGAAAGGAGUUGGACAACAUCAUCGCCACGUCACUGAAACAGCUGGAGAGCGCCAGAGAUUUCUACGAGAAGAUGCAGGCCCAGGUCAAGAAAAGCUGAUCAAAACUCACCAUCUUCUUCGUCCUAGAUUCCAUUUUCAUAUGCAUGUUUUCGUGGUGAUUUACACCUUGUCUCUUUCGUCGAAUUCUUUACUUUUUACAUUUUUUAUGCCGAAAACUUAGUUUGUUGCUUAUAUAUUAUUAUUAUACAUUAUAUUUAGCAAUCACAAUAUGUAAUGACGUGUAUUAUUGAUAUGCCCUCUAAAUUAAAAUAUUAUGUCACGAAAUGUGUAGACAAUCUUUGUAUGAUGUAAUUAUGAUGUCAUUGAUUUUUUUGACCAUGAGAGAAAGAUGAUAGAUGGACACUCAAUUACUGUGUGUGUGUGGGGGUGGAUAGUAUUCAGAGAGACCUUCGGCCACGGGAUCGUCUUCUUGCUGUCAAUUUCUCGUAGCGGGAGCUGAGAACAGUGGAUCCUCUCACCUUCUUCCCUGCUAGUCGACUACUCCCGGCACUCCUCACAACCUGUAGUGACCGAGGUCUGUAAUGUGCCCCAUCUUUACUUCACCUUAUAUACCACAGCUAAUAAUUAAUGGAACUAAUACUGCUAAUACUUGAUAGAGUAUAUACAUUCCUACUUUUACGUGGACCAAUAUAUCGUACUUGAAGUGUAAUUCUGUCUGGCAGAAAUGUGCACACAUGCUGGCCUAACAUUCCCGUCGCUAUGACCCAGUAUACUGCCGUCCUAGUGAUGAAAGAAAACCUUUUUCUUUUGCUCCAAAGGAGGUGUAGAAGUCACAGCAGUCAGCCCCUUUCUCUCUCCCUCUCCCUCCUCUUGACCCAAUGUCUGAAGUCCACCAACAUUCUCUUCUUCCUCCUCCCUCUCCUCAUCCUCACCCACACUGCUCAGUUUCACUCUUUUCACGAGCGGUCCCUCACCCAGGGGGACCAAAAGUUUGGCCUCGGGGGGCAGGGAGU